GUUCCCAGGUCUGGCUCGGGGCCGGGCGGCGGUGGCGGCGGCGGCGGCGGCGGCGGCGGCGGGAGAUGCCUGGGCGGCCAGCAGAGGUCCAUGUGGCGCGCUAGGUGGGAUCCCGGUGUUCUGAAGGCAGAGGCCCUGGCCCUCCUGCCCUGCGGCCUGGGCAUGGCGUUCUCCCAGUCGCACGUGAUAGCCGCUCGGAGACACCAGCACAGCCGGCUCAUCAUUGAAGUGGACGAAUACAGCUCCAACCCCACCCAGGCCUUCACCUUCUACAACAUCAACCAGGGCCGCUUCCAGCCACCGCACGUGCAGAUGGUGGACCCUGUGCCUCAUGAUGCCCCAAAGCCGCCCGGCUACACCCGCUUCGUCUGUGUGUCUGACACCCACUCGAGGACAGACCCCAUCCAGAUGCCCUACGGCGACGUGCUGAUCCACGCCGGGGACUUCACAGAGCUGGGGCUCCCAAGCGAGGUCAAGAAGUUCAACGAGUGGCUUGGUAGCCUGCCCUACGAGUACAAGAUCGUGAUUGCCGGCAACCAUGAGCUGACCUUCGACCAGGAGUUCAUGGCUGACCUCAUCAAGCAAGACUUUUACUACUUCCCGUCUGUGUCGAAGCUGAAGCCAGAGAACUAUGAGAACGUGCAGUCCCUGCUGACCAACUGCAUCUACCUGCAGGACUCGGAGGUCACCGUGCGGGGCUUCCGGGUCUACGGCUCGCCAUGGCAGCCCUGGUUUUAUGGCUGGGGCUUUAACCUGCCUCGAGGCCAAGCACUGCUAGAGAAAUGGAACCUCAUUCCCGAAGGCGUAGACAUCCUGAUAACCCAUGGACCACCACUGGGCUUCCUGGACUGGGUCCCCAAGAAGAUGCAGCGGGUGGGCUGCGUGGAGCUGCUCAACACGGUGCAGAGGCGCGUCCAGCCACGGCUGCAUGUCUUUGGCCACAUCCACGAAGGGUACGGUGUCAUGGCGGAUGGGACAACCACCUAUGUGAACGCGUCUGUGUGCACCGUGAACUACCAGCCUGUGAAUCCACCCAUAGUCAUUGACCUCCCCACACCCCGGAACUCCUGACUGCCCUUGCUGUCUCAGCCCUUCCUGCCCACAUCAGUUCCAUAUGCCUGGCCAAGAGCACGGACCCCCAACCACCCUUCCUUCCAUGCAGACAACCCGUCUGGCCGUGGGGAGCAGCCCAGCAGAUGGGUUGAGGCUUUGGAAUGAAGAAAAUCUCCCCUGACUCUUCAGCCUCCGUCACCUGGAGUCAGGACCCUGUGGGUCCCUAUUAGGGGUUCUGUGCUCAUUACUGUUUUCUGCGUGUACAUUUCCGCGUGUACCUUGUCAAAGGACCUAACAAGCUUGCGGUCCUGUCCUGCUUGGGAAUUGACGGACUCUUCAUCCUUCUCAGUUGGACACCCUCGUGGGUUUGGGAAGCCGCGGCUCCUGGACACACUCUGGAAGUUCUCGCACAAAAUCUCCCUCUAACUGAGGGUCUGUGUGGCUGCAAGCCCCAGGGUU